AUGCAUCUUACCAUUUUUGUCAGAUCCUGCUUCCUCCUACUGCUAUUGGGGGCCCUUCCUGGAUGGGCAGCCAGUAAUGACCCCCUUGAGAAGGUCAUUGAUGGGAUCAACCGAGGCCUGAGCAAUGCAGAGAGAGAGGUGGACAAAGCCCUAGAAGGCAUCAACCAAGGAAUCACUAAAGCUGGAAGGGAAAUGGAAAAAGUUUUUCAUGGACUUAGUAACAUGGGCACCCAUGCCAGCAAGGAGAUUGACAAAGGUCUCCAUGGGCUCAACAACGGCUUGGACAAGAUAGCCCAUGAUGUCAACAGUGGCGUCGGAGAAGCAGGAAAAGAAGCAGAGAAGUUUGUCCAUGGGGCCAACAACGCUGCUGGACAGGUUGGGAAGGAGGCAGCCGAAGUGACCCACGGGGCCCAUCAUGGGAUCAACCAGGCGGGAAGUGAAGCAGGGAGGUUUGGCCAGGGGGCCCAUCAUGCCUUAGGACAGGCAGGGAGUGAGGCUGGGAGGCUUGGCCAGGGCGCCCACCAUGUCUUAGGACAGGCAGGGAGUGAGGCUGAGAGGCUUGGCCAGGGGGCCCACCAUGCCUUAGGACAGGCAGGGAGUGAGGCUGGGAGGCUUGGCCAGGGGGCCCACCAUGCCUUAGGACAGGCAGGGGGUGAGGCUGGGAGGUUUGGUCAGGGGGCUCAUCAUGCCUUAGGACAGGCAGGGAGUGAGGCUGGGAGGUUUGGCCAGGGGGCCCACCAUACCUUAGGACAGGCAGGGAGUGAGGCUGGGAGGUUUGGUCAGGGGGCUCAUCAUGGGGCCUAUCAUGCUUUAGGACAGGCAGGGAGUGAGGCAGGGAGGCUUGGCCAGGGGGGCCACCAUGUCUUAGGGCAGGCUGGAAAUGAGGCAGGGAGGCUUGGUCAGGGGAUCCAUCAUGGAGCCAAUGAAGCUUGGAAGGAAGCAGAGAAGUUUGGUCAGGGUGUCCACUAUGCUGCUGGACAGGCUGGGAAGGAACUAGACAAGUUUGGCCACAGUAUUCACCAUGCUGCUGCACAGGCUGGCAAAGAUGGAGACAAAGUGGUCCAAGGAAUCCAUCAUGGAGCUAACCAGGUUGGGAAGGAAAUGGAGAAUUUUGGUCAAGAUGUUCACUAUGCUGCAGGUCAGGCUGGGCUAGAGACAGAGAAAGUGGUUCAGGGUGUUCAUCCUGGAGUCAAUCAGGCUGGCCAGGGGGUCCAUCAUGGGGUCAACGAGGCCUGGAAGGAGACAGAGAAGUUUGGCCAGGGGGUUCAUGAUGCUGUUGUGCAGACUGGGAAAGAGGGAAGAGACAAAUUGGCUCAUGGGAUCAAUCGUGAAGUUAACCAGCCUGGGAAGGAAGUGGGAAAGUUUGGCCAGGAUGUUCACCAUGCUGUUGAACAGGCUGGAAAGGAGACAGAGAGUGUGGUCCCAGGGGUCCACAAUGGGGUCCACCAGGCCGAGAAGGAGGCAGAGAAACUUGGCCAAGGUGUCCACCAGGCUGCUGGCCAGGCUGCAAAGGAAGCGGAGAAACUUGGCCAAGGUGUCCACCAAGCUGCUGGCCAGGCUGGGAAGGAGGUGGACAGGUUGGAGCAGAAUGUUCAUAAUGGGGCCAACCAAGCCGGCAAGGAGGCCAAUCAGCUGCUGAAUGGCGGUCAUCACGGCGGAUACACCGGCCAGCACGGAGGGGCCGGAACCACAACAGUGACAUCUGGAGCCUCAGUCAACAAGCCCUUCGUGGACUUUUCAGUUCUGUGGAGGUGCUGUGCAGACCCCUGCUCAAGGCUGAGUGGUGGGGGAGCUGAUGCAGACCCGCCCAUCAUGGGAGGCCGUGAGCUCACAGGCACGUGCUCUCUCCAAGGCUGGGUAAACACGCCCGAGGCCGCUCCCUCCCUUGAUUCUCCCUCCUACUCGCUCGGGGGCGGGGGCGGGCGGCUACACUAUAAGGAGUAG